GCGUGUCGAGCGUGAGGAGCUGACGCAGUCAGCCUGCUGCUGGACGCUGCCUCUUCACUCUGCCACAAACACUAGCUACUUCACCCUCGGUGGAGACAACAGCGCCUGUUCACCGAUUGUAAACCGAAGCGGUCAGCAGGGGUCAUGAGGGUGUCGGAGGCCCCGCUCACUGUUCAGAGCAGCUGAAGCAGACAUGGGCAAAGAAGUCUCGGAUGGCAUCGGUAGGCUCAGCCUCAUCGACUUCACCAGCCACAUCCUCCUUUGCCACAACCACCACUGGCUACACAAGAAGUCCUCUGUAUUUGCCAGCAUCUCCCUGUAAGACUUUGCAAUGAGAAUGUCUGAUAACGUCGACACUGAAACAAUGAAGGUUUCCGAGGCCGCCGAACCCGUGUCAUCUGCAAAAGACGCCAAGACUGAGGUGUCUGACCAGAGCCAGAACAGCAGAGAUGAACAUGGUAGCAACAAUAAAAAGGACAUACAGGAUGGGUUCCUACUCCAGCCUUUUGAAAAGGAAGAACGAGCUGCACAAGUCCAAGCCGAGAAAGAAGAAAGCUACGACAAGGCGGACAAACCAGAGAAAACACAGAAAAAAAUGCUGUCGAGAGAUUCCAGUCAAGACUAUACAGAUUCAACUGGGAUAGACCUCCAUGAGUUCCUGGUCAACAAACUGAAGGGCAACCCCAGGGAUCGAAUCAUGCUGCUGAAGUUGGAACAGGACAUCUUGGAUUUCAUCAGCAAUAAUGAAAGUCAAAAGAGAAAGUUCCCACCCAUGACGCCCUACCACAGGAUGCUGUUACACCGAGUGGCGGCCUACUUUGGCAUGGAUCACAACGUGGACCCCAGUGGGAAGUCAGUGGUGAUCAACAAAACCACCAACACCAGAAUACCCGAUCAGAAAUUCUCCGAGCACAUCAAGGAUGACAGGGCGGACGAUUUUCAGAAACGCUACAUUCUCAAACGAGACAACUCCAGCUUUGAUCGUGAAGACAGCACGAUUCGAAUGCGUUUGAAAGCUGACAAGAGGAGCAAAUCGAUGGAGGAGAGGGAGGAGGAGUACCAGCGAGCCAGAGAAAGGAUAUUUGCACAUGAUGGAGAUCACUUCAUACUGGAUAGGAGUGCUCAGGAUGAAGACGCAUGCAUGAGCACCCAACAGAGGCGGCAAAUGUUCAGGUUACGGGCCGGCCAGUCUGGCGCCAGCCGGCAGAGCAGCUCGGAGACAGAAGCGCUGCCGCGACACGGCGAGCCCCGGCCUUGGAGCAGCACCGACAGCUCGGACAGCUCCAACCGACUUGCCCCGCGGCCCGCCAUCACGAAGGCUAGCAGCUUCAGCGGCAUUUCCCCCGUCCUCGUCAGAGGGGAUAGCACAGCCAGCAGCAAGAGCACCGGGAGGCUCUCGAAAACAGGUUCAGAAUCGUGCAGCAGCGUCGGUUCCUCGUCCAGCUCGCUGUCCCGUCCCCAGCUGCCUCUCCCAGUCUCGACCUCUUCCCGCUCUAACGUUCCCAGCGCACCUUUAAUCCAUCCCGCUGCUGACGCCAGAGGCGCUGGACACCCUGAGAUGACCAAGAGCCUCCUGUCACAGCCGCCGCCAGCUACAGACGCAGCAAACUAUUACCUGUUACCGCUGGAAGCCUCAGGGAUACCACCUGGCAGCGUUCUGGUCAACCCACACACAGGCAAGCCUUUCAUCCAUCCUGAUGGCAGCGCUGUAGUUUAUAACCCAGCCAGCAUCGCCCCAGCUGCUGGCAGGAUCCAACAGCAGGGGAAAACCCCACAGCAGCCAGUUCCCGCCACAGCGCAGCAACAGCCAACCAAUCACCUUCACUCCCAGCUGAUCUGUCCUCCUCUCCAGCCGCCCUCUGAGCCUGUCCACAACCCAAUGGUCUCUUCUUAUCCUCUUCCUCCUCCUCCUCUUCCUCCUUCUCAGUUCCUGCCCGUCUGUGCUAACCAACAAUACACUGUGCCUGACUCUCUCAACGCCCAGUUUAGCCACAUGACUCUGGCGCAGCAGCCAGCCAAUGACAGUGGCCCUUCAGCUCCUGACGGUCGCCACUAUCCCUCUGUGUACCACCACCACCACCCCUCUGCUGUGGUGCUGCAGGGCGCUCCUCCACAGCAGGUUGCUAGCUACAUAGUGGCAGGGCCAUCAGGAGGACACCCGGGGGUGCUGCAGGGUCAGCCCAUCCCACUCCCAACCCCGGCCCAAAAUCACACGUAUCCCAGCUCCGCCCUGGGUCCUGCUGCUUUUCCCGGACCCGCCCUGAACCAGCCACUCCUGCAGCAGCACACCUACAUCCAGCAGCCUGUCCAACAGAUGUCCUCGUGUUACUGCUCUUCAACCCACCACCCACACUGUUCCAGCACGCAGCAGCAGCAGCACCACUACCGGCCGCCUGUCAGCACGCUGCCCUAUAACUGCUCACAGAGCCAAAACCUGCCCCAGCAACAAGUGCACCAAGCCGUGAUGCCAAACCCAGCGUCCAGCUACCAGACAGUAGUGGGCGUGCAGCCAACACCCAACCUCGCUCUCACUGGCAACCAGCAAAGCAAUAUGGGCAACCAGAUGCAAGGCAUGAUGGUCCAGUACCCUCCAAUGCAGUCUUAUCAGCAGGUUUCUGUUCCACAGCAGACGUACCAGCAGCCAGUGUUUGUGUCCUGCCAGCCGGGACAGGGGGCAGUGGCUGUCGCUGGCAUGCAGCCCUGCUACAGCCUGCUGCCUCCUAACCAGCACACCACCAUGAGUUCAACAGUGAGUUUCCUGCCCACACCGAUGAUGGAGCAGCUCCAGUUUCCUCAGACCUCGUCCCCCUGCGUCUCCCAGCAGCACCCGGGCCAGCAGUACGCAGGGUUGUUACCCCCGGCCCCCAGCAGCGGCAUGGUGAUGCUGCAAAUGACAGCAGCCCCCUGCCAGCAGCCCCGGGCCCCCUCCCCCUGCCAGAGGAAACCACUCAGCCACAAACACUUGGGCCCCGAGCACCAACGCAACCGCAGGCUUGCCGAGCUCCCUCCGCCUCCGGACAACACCCAGAGCAGCCUGCCCUCGUCUCCGGCACUCACUCCCUCGCCAGGCCAGCCGCCCAGCGUCAAGGGCCUCCCAUCAGGCAUCUCACCCAUCCCUGUCAUGGCCCACCACCCGCAGCUCCCUACAGCCUUCUGCCACAGUGGACAAGGUGAAGCGCACUACUCUUUACUGGGCCAGCCUUUGCAGUACAAACCCUCCAUCAGACCUCCGUUGAUCCACACUGCACACAUGAUGGCCAAACAUCAGGUUCCUCUGGGGGUUUGGCGUGGCGGUCAUGGGAGGAAGGCCAGCAGAAAAUCAGUCUCUUCAGAUCUCAGUGUAGGUGAAGCAGUGAGCAGUCAGAUCCUGGACGUGACACAUCCUCCGGAGGGGAUCAGCUGUACAGACUCCCACCACCUCCUGGCAGAGAUGUACAAAGGGGGCGAAUCGAUCCGCCGGCUGUCGGACCAGCAGCCACGGUUGUGUAACUCGACCCGAGGCGCUCCCGGCAGAGACCUGGCCUCGUCGCGCCCUAUCUUUGCCACGCUCCCCUCCAGACACACCACCCCAAGCGCCGUGUUCCGCCCCGCAGGCCCCUGGGCCGCCUUUAAACUCAGAACCAGCAGCGGACACAAAGGGGAGCUGUGCGACUCAGACAGGACUGGCUCAUAGCUGCUAAGAUCUCGGAGCGGCACACAUGGAACGCACAUCCAACCACCUGCCUCUGCUGCCUCAGUCUGGACUGUCUCCCAGACGCUGUCCAAAUCGAAACAUCAAAUGUCUGAAGAAUGAAUGUUCAUUUUUAUUUUGUUUUAGUUUCUUUUAACUUUUUUCCUUUUUUUUUUCGGCCAACAGGUCUGUGCAGGGUGGAAACCGAGCACCGGUUUGUAAAAUUUGUCCGUAGCUGCAGAGCUCCGCUCAGCGCCCCACUUCUAUUCUAAAACUCCAGUUUGCUGUUCUAAAGUCAAAGUGUUUGGAGACUUUUGGGGUCUGUUUGCCAGCUAUCACAUUAGUGUGUCUACUGCGGCUGUUUCAGUACCAAAUUAUUAUUAUUUUUUUCUUGCCACUCUUUGAAAAUUAGAUGAUAUAAUUAUUUUUAAAUUGAACUGAAUGUGUCACGUUGGGUGUUUAAAGGUUCUAGAACGGCACGUAGCAGCAUUUGUACAAGAAGAAACACUGAAUCACAGAUAAACUACCUGAAUUAUUUAAAGUCACCAUUAAACACCGUGAAUGUUGCAUUUGCACUGAAGUGAUGAUCAGAGGUGGAGAUUUGACUGGUAUCGGACAGAGCCUGGAUUUCUCUUUUAUUAACCCUUAAUACCUGUUUGUUUGCACUCGACCAGGCCACUUUGUUUUAUAUAUUAAAAUGUUUAUAUGCACAAGAAUAAUACAAUCGAGUUUGUCACUACUUGGCUUAAUUUGUUUGGAUUUCUGUUUGUGUGACUCAUGAGAGGUGUUCUGUGUAUUGCGUGGCUUUUCUUCUUCUUUUCUUUCAUUUUUUAAAAAUUAGAUUCUAAUAAAUGUUUGCACCACAA